AUGGGGCCAGGAGAACUGGCCCUUGCAGCAAGUGAAAAGCCUAUUAUUGACUCCCUCCCUAGCCAUGUAGACAGUGAACCAAGACACUCAUAUCAGCUACCCUUCUUCAGCCCGCAACACACAGACCUGGCGGGGAGGUCGCUGUUACCAGCCCCCACUCUGAUGAGAAGACUGCCUAGCCCCAGGCGCUGUAGCGCCCCGGUGAGGUCGCCGAACAACCGACGCCUGCGCGCCCUUGUGACGUCUCAGGGGACCGCCACUCACGCGGAGCCAAUCGGAACUCGCGGCGGGGCUGCUGGGUCUUCCAGGAGCGCGCAUGAGCGGACGCUGGCUACGGGUGGCCGGUGGGGAUGUAACCGGCUGCUGAGCUGGCAGUUUUGUGUCCCGAGGCUUCGGCCCGGCCGCAGCCGCACAUACGCUGCGAGGAGGAGCUUUACGACUUCCCGGUCUUUGGGGCCGGGCGCAGCAAGGGCCAGACUCUGCCCUAGCAGGCGCUGCGCGCCAACCGGCUGGCACCUGUCGCAGAAGGUGCAACCGAUCGCACUGUCGCGCAGAAGCUCCUCAAUGGCCAGCUCCAGCUGCAGCCCCAGCCGCCCACUCGCCUCUCCUGAGCCUGGGUUUUGUUUGGUGACGCUUUCAGGACCACAGUUUUCCAUCUCUAGAGGAGAAAGAAGCAUCCAGAUGCCACAUCCUCCUGCCCGGCCCAGCCUCCUUCUCCUCACCAGAUGCCACAUCCUCCUGUCCGGCCCGGCCUCCUUCUCCUCACCAGAUGCCACAUCCUCCUGCCCGGCCCGGCCUCCUUCUCCUCACCGGAUACCACAUCCUCCUGCCCGGCCCGGCCUCCUUCUCCUCACCAGGUGCCACAUCCUCCUGUCCGGCCCAGCCUCCUUCUCCUUAAGCAGGUGCCACAUCCUCCUGCCCGGCCCGGCCUCCUUCUCCUCACCAGCUCAGCAUUUGCUUCUGGGAGGACUCGACCCUAGACACUCACGUAAAAGAGGAUGCCCAUGUACAGAUGUGGAAGCCGGCCCUCCGAGCUGGGAUUCAGACCCAGCCUUAAGUCAGCGAGAACAUGAAGUCGGUGACCCAGCAUCCAGGUCCCCGGAUUUGCCACCUGUGUCCUUUGGUGGGGCUUCCCUUGGUAAAGCUUGAAAGAAUAAGAGGAUCUUAACAUAAUUUUAAAACUGGAAGAGACCCUGGUGACUGUGUCAUCUGAAGUCCUCAUUCUACCGUGGAGGAAGUGCGGGCCCAGAGAGAAGGGAGGUCCUCGUUGGCACAGCCGGUGAGCGGCAGGUGCAUCCCGGAGCCCGGGUUUCCGGCGCCCUCUCUGUCUGCUGCCGAGCGUCCACGUCUGUUCGGUUGUUUUUGCACACUCCUGGCUCCCAGUUAGACCGCUGCUCCCAGGCGGAACCUCUGCCACAGGGGACACAUACAUGCGGUCACCAUGGGGACCAAAUGAGGGUGGGCCAUCUUCUCAGACAGGGUGGGCCCACAAAGCUCUCCAACGCGGGGUUCUGACAGAAAGCCCAACCCAGGCCGAAAGCCAUCUUUUAAAAUAAAGUUUACUGGGUUUCUUUUUUCAUUAUAAAGUAAUGCACACUGUCCACGGAGAUAUGAAAAUACUUAAAAGUAGAGAGAAGAAAAACAUCAUCAAUGUUUCACCACCCAGGAACAACCCUAUUAAUGCGUUGAGAGAUUUUUGGCUUGUUCCUCAU